GGCUGGAGGAGGCGGAGCCCAACCCGGCAAGAUGGCGCUGUCCGCCUUGUUGCGACCUUUCUCCAAGCUGCUGGCACCGGCCAGGCUCCCGAGCGGCUCUUCAGCGCGGUCAAAGUUCUACAUUCGGGAACCGCCACAAGGCAGACCUGACUGGCUGAAGGUUGGACUGACCUUGGGCACCUCCGUUUUCUUGUGGAUCUAUCUCAUAAAACAACAUAAUGAAGAUGUUUUAGAGUAUGAAAGAAGAAAUGGGUUGGAAUAAACUUUUGAAAUACCGAUACAGUAUAUAGUGUUUAUAGCAGUUCCUCUGGAUUCACCAAUCUGUUGAGCUGUAAACUGAGAGAAAGAGUUACAUGUGAACAUAUGUCAAGUCAGCAUUUGUGUUUCACAUAAUUAAAUUAAAAAAUACUUCUGUAUUCUUCAGAUUAUGUACAUUGUGACAAUGUAUAAAAUGUCAAUUCUAACGUAAAUUACUAGAAGUAUUUUAAUGUGGAAAGUGCCAUCUGAUAAUUGGUAAGAAAACUUUUUAAGGAUAUAGAUUUAAAAAAAAAUCACUGCUGAGGAUUUAGUCCUUCUAUCAACUUCUGAUUUCUAAUCAGAACACUUAUUUAGUGAUCAGGAUGAUAGAACUACUCCUACUCUAUUAUUUAAAAUACAAAAGAACCCAAAUACUAUUUUCUUCUUACCAGAGUUUCUUCUGACUCCAUUUCCUUGAGUUUGAAUGAGUUUCAUUUGGGUGACUGUUUUUCACACCGGUAUGGCCACAGUUGGCUCUUUUUGCUCAUAUGACUUUCAUCCAAUGAAUAACAGACUAUUCAAAAAAAGGAGUUGGUGAGAGCUAAUAGAGACAAAUGAAAAAACACUUCAUUUAUCCCUCAUUAAAACCCUUUCGUGUGAAUCAGUUAACACCUAUUUAUAUGCCACUUCCUUAACAUAUAAUUUAAACACUUAAUGUAUUAAUACUAUACAUUUGAAAGUGUAUUAUUUGUAUCUCCAUUCUGAUGUUAAAUAGAAAGUUUCAUUGCCUUAUAAAUGGCUUUGUUUGUGUUUUGGGCUCUGGCCAACACUUACUCUGGGAGAUUCAUGGCCCAAUACCUUUGGAAGUCACUCCUGAACAUAAAGUCAGAGUUACAUUAUCUCAGAAUAAGUAUUUAAUCCAAAUUCAGUGAAAGACCAGAUAAAACCGUAACUGUUAACUUUUGUCAAUUCGGAGUCCUAGGUGGUAGAACUGGAAAGGACCUUAGGGGGUCAUAUAGACCAAUUCCAUAAUUUUACAAAUGCAAAAACCAGAGGUAAAGAGUCAUCUGCCCAAUAUCACUGGAAAGUAGAGUGAUGGACCCUUAAAGAUGACCAUGUCCUACUCCCCAGAAUUUGUAUCUAUGUUAGGUUAGGUUAGGCAAAGGGGAAUUAAGGUUGCAAAUGGAAUUAAGUGUCCUGAUCAGCUGACAUUGAGAUGGAGAGAUUAUCCUGGAUUAUCUGGUCGGGCCUCAUGUAAUCACAAGGGUCCUUAGAAGUGGAAGAGGGAGGCACCAGGAUGUGUCAGAGUGGUGUGACAUGAGGAAGGUUCAGCCGGCCAUUGCUAGCUUUGAAGAUGAAAGAGGGCCAAGAGCCAAGGGACAGAGAAGUCAAAGAGAUUCUACCCUGGAGCCUCCGGAAAGGAACAGCCUUGCUGACACCUUAACUUCAGCCCAGUGAGACCCAUGUCGGAUUUCUCAUCUACAAAAAUGUAAGAUAAUACAUUUGUGUUGUUUUAAACCACUAAGUUUGUUAUAGCAGCAGUAGGAAACUAAUACUGUCAUGUGGUAAUGGACCAAGAAGUCAGGCAUCAACUCCCAGUUCAAGGAACUUUACCCUAAAAGAGACACUUAAAAUUCACAUCCCUAAAGGGAACAGAAAACUCUAAGACACUUGAAAUUCUGGAAACUGAUAACCUUAGUUGGAAAUAAAAUACAGCUUUAACAAGCAAGAUUUACUGUAUGUCGGGCCUUGAAAAUAAAGCUGCCCUGUGUGGACUUUCAUCUUGAUCGUGCCUCUGUAACUCCAGGGGGAGCCAUUCGCGAAGACUAGGGCUGUCCAACAGAACUUUCUGCGGUGAUGGACAGGUUCUGCCUGUGCUAGCCAGCGUAGUGGCCACUACUCCCAUGUGGCUACUGAGCAUUUGGAAUGCGAUUAAUGUGACUGCAUUUUUUUUAGUUUUAUUUCCUUUUCAUUAAAUAGCCACGUGGGGCUGGUGGCUGCCGUAUUGGGCAGUACAGAUGCAGAUUACUCUGAGUAACACCUCCUAGAGUUGUGCCACACAGGGGCACUGGUGAGAGGUGCUUUCUAAACUAAAUAUUGAAACCUAACUCAAAUUAUAUUAAACUAAAAGAAGGUUAUGAGGAGACAGAGUGACUCACAGACUGCCGUAACAGGCAUGCACCUGAGCCCAGGAAUAAUUGGGGCCUGGCAUUCAAAUGUUACCCAGACUUUUGCUCUUGGCUCUGCUUUCUGCCUAUGUGCUUUAUUUCCUUUGCACACAGACCAUCUCUUCCCCAGCCCACAUUGUAAAGAGAGGGCUACAGUCAGUAGUCUCUUAAACUGAGAUGUUUUAGCUGGACUGAACAAGAAUCGUUCUGAUACACAACUCCUAAGAAGAACUUGGUCAAAUGAUGCUUCCUUUAGCAAUAAUGUAAAAGAAUUUCCAUAAAAAAGAAGAUAACAGACAAAUUCAUAUGUCAAAUGUUGUCAUGUUUUUUAUUAGAUCAAAAUCGGACCUUUUUUUUCAGAUUCAGUGUCUGUGAGAUAGUCAUUAAGUUAGUUUAUUAAGUUGCCGUAGAAAAAAAAAAACAAGCUAUAGGAGCUCAGUUUUAAGUACAAGAAGUUGUUAUGGGUUAAAUUUUGGUCCCCAAAAAGAUAUGUUGAAGUCCUAGCCCCCAUUAUCUCAGAAUGUAACCUUAUUUGGAAAUAGGGUAUUUGCAGAUAUAAUUAGUUAAAAUGAGUAUACUGGAGUAGAGUGGGCCCUUAGUCCAAUGUGACUGGUAUGUUUCUAAGGAGAAAAGACACAGACACACAGGGAGAAGACAGGAAUGAUGGAGGCAGGGACUGGAGUGAUGCAUGUGGAAAGCAAGGAUUACCGGUAAACGUCAGAAGCUGGAAGGGUUCUCGCCUGCAUGUUUCACACCUUGACUUCAGACUUCUAACCUCCAGAACUGUGAGAGAAUAAAGUUUGUUGUUUUAAACCA